GUCGCCUUGCGAUCGUCGUCAAGUCAGAGUUCCUUCCUCCGACUCCGUGGACAUCAGUCUCCGUCCCGUCCCCUCGUCCGCUCCAAUGGCCUACUUGACCAUGACGCCCGACGACAUCCAGGGCGACUACGCGUGCUCUGUGAGCGUGGACGACUACCGUCUAAGCAGCAAGAAGGCCGAGUAUAAAGUGGUCGUCCAGCUCUCCUUCUACUCGUCCCGCGCACACGCCACAGGACGCACGAGUUGGCACAUUUGGCGCAGUUUCUCAGCCUUCCGCAAGCUGGACGAGCAGCUACGUAAGCGCAGUGCGGCGCUCAUGAAAGGCGUCAAGUUCCCGCCUUUGUAUCGUCGGCGAGCGCUCUUCCGAGUGGAUAAAAGCCCCGAAUUCCUCGGCGCCCGAGCCAGGGAACUCGAUAAUUACAUGAACGUGGUGACGCACAAGCCUCAGCUUGUAGCUUUCCACUUGGCAGCCGUAAGCAGCCAGACACUUAAGAGUUUCGUGGGUUUUAACUCGGGAUUCGGCGCCAACGCCGACUACGACCAGCAGGAUUCGAAUCUGCGGCCUUCCUCGUCCAUUUUAGCGUCCCCCGCGGUGGUGCAGGCCACGGCCAGUGUCAUGGGGGACGACGACGAUGAUUUCCGCUCUGUUUCCAGUAUUUCUACGGUCUCUUCCCACGCCUCGACAGCCAGCGACUACCGCUGGUCCGGAACGGGUUUUAUAGGCAGUCAGAGCUUCGCCAGGCCCACAGCGCCUCAAAAUAUUGGCCGCGCAUCUUUUUCCAGUAGUGGCGGCUCCUUCGCAGGCUCCAUUGGGCCAGGAUCGUCUCGAGGGAGCUGGUUCCCGGCCUCGUCCACUGUAUCGGAUUCAACAGGUCGUGCGUCCAUGGCUUCGCUCUCGAGAGGUUCUAUGAUGUCCAUGACAGCGCCCGAUGUCAUUACACCUGAAUUGGAUAUGCAACGAGCCAAAAUGGAGGAUCAGCUGGUGCAAAUGGGGCUUGUAGGCGUCGGAAUGCCCCCCGACGGCUCCUGCUUGCUACACUGCAUCGUGUACGAGAUGUACCCAUUGCAGUGUCUUCGAGACUACCCUGCCAGUAUGACAGUGGUCAACGUAGGCGCCGCAGACGGCAUGGCCCCUCGUCGAGUGGCUGCGGCGCAGUUUCUAAGGGUUAAGCUCAUGGAAUACGCGCUGGAACAUAUUAAGGCACUGGCAGGCUUCUUAAUGCAGGACGAGGAAGACGUGCGAGAACGAUACGAGACCUUCCGCGAUACGUCCGAUGAACAGGCCACGACCGCUGAGCUGUACGCCGUUGCGAGUAUGUUCAACAUCGAGUUGGUGCUUAUUUCUAACGACGAGAGCUUCCAGAUCGACCCCGUGUUGCCAGUGGACGGCCUCCCGUCGGUACGUGAAGGUCCGCGUCGUACAGUUACGCUGGGCUACUUGAUCCCGGCCGACGGUUUGGCUGGUCACUACAUCUGCACACGUGAACGACGGGCACAGAUGGGGAUGCCGCAGAAUUCUUUCGCCGGAGGCAGCUACCGUGGCUCCAUCCACAUUGGCCCACCCAAGAAUAUGAGCUGUGGCGCCUCCAAUACCCGGCGCUUCGAGCGGAUCCCGGAGCAGCGCGUUGAAUAGAAAUACCAAGAGUAAAAGACGUAGACACCAGACAAGGAAAUAGACAUAAGUCUCCAGCCGACACACCCGUCGAAUGGACCCAAGCAAAAACGGCGGAGAAGUCCACGUACUAAAAGCAAGCCCACGAGAAGGAGAAGAAAAAAAGGCCCCGCAACAGUCUGAAGAAAAUCAAAACCCAAGGAAGUUGCCGCC